GCAGCAGACAGCACAACACAACUACAUAAACGUUGUACUCAAUGAAAGAUAUUUCACUUUUUGCGCAAAUCUUCGUACACUUCCGCUCUGUGUGUCAGCGUGUAAUUAAGAAUUGCCCGUCAUAUUUAUUAUUUUCUAAAAAGAUGGGUGAGCACACAGGUUUAACAAACUGUGAGGCACGAGAACUUUGUAAAAAGCCUGAUUCAGCUACAAAUGGUUAUAUAAUGCAACAAACAAUGUAUCGUAUUAAAGAUCCAAGAAAGUCACUACCUUUUUAUACCGAAGUACUUGGUAUGCAGUUAUUACAGAAACUUGACUUUCCUGAAAUGAAAUUCUCUUUGUAUUUUUUGGGAUAUGAAGAUCCAAAAGAUAUACCUACUGAUAAGAGAGAAAGUAUUGAAUGGACAUUUAGUCGUAAAGCUACUUUAGAACUUACUCACAACUGGGGUACAGAAACUGAUCCUGAUCCUAAAUAUCAUAAUGGGAAUACUGAACCCAGAGGAUUUGGUCAUAUUGGAAUUACAGUACCUGAUGUAGAAAAAGCAUGUGAAAGAUUUGAGAGAUUAAAUGUGGAAUUUGUAAAAAAACCUAAUGAUGGUAAGAUGAAAGGAAUUGCUUUUAUCAAAGAUCCUGAUGGUUAUUGGAUUGAAAUUUUAAAUCCAGUAAAUAUUGCAAAUCUAGUACCAAAUCAAUAAAGUAUUUUACAUGAAAUAAUUUUUUUGACUAUUCACAAAUGUAUAAAUUUCAUCGAACAAAACAAUCGGAUGUAAAACCAAAUCAUUUUUAUGUAUAUGUAUACGUAUAUAUAAUUGUAUAUAUACAUGUACAUGUUAAAAUUGUAAUUAUUCAUAUUUAUGUAUAUUUUAUAGCACUUGUAAAUUAUUAUAUUAUAUUGUGUUAUAUGUAUAAUUUAUGUAUAAUGUAAUAUCUAAUUAUUAAUUAAAUAAAAUCAAAAUAUUUAUUUUUAAACAA